AUGGAAGACCUCCCAGAAGACCAAUCAGAAUCACAGGACAUUGCGCAAGAAACGCCCGUCGAGGACGUCUUCAUCCCGCCUUCAAUCGACAAAACCAGAGUACUAUCAGGCGAAAGCUACACGUACCACUCCAACAUCCCUCAUGGAACCUCUUCGGAUCCCACCGCCGAAUGCGUCCUCGGAGUUGAUGAAGCAGGCCGUGGACCCGUUCUGGGUCCUAUGGUCUAUGGACUCUGCUACCUACCAUUAAAGCUGCACCACUCCCUUCUGGCCGAGCAGCACCACUUCGACGAUUCCAAAGCGCUUACGCCAGCAGUCCGCUCCAAUCUCAUGGAAAAGAUGUGCAGUGCAGACUGCGACCUCUUCCAAAACUGCGGCUGGGCAACCCGCACAAUGUCUGCUCGCGACAUCUCUGCAGGCCAGUUGAGACCAACGGGCACUUACAACCUCAAUGCGCAAGCCAUGGACGCCACCAUCGAUUUGAUCCAAGAAGUGCUGGACUCCGGCGUCAAUAUCCGCGAAGUCUACAUUGACACCAUAGGCCGUCCAGAAACGUACCAGAAGAAGCUCGAGCACAUCUUCCCUGCGUUGUCAAUCACCGUGGCGAAGAAGGCGGAUAGUCUGUACCCCUGUGUCUCAGCUGCUUCAGUCUGCGCGAAAGUCACUCGAGACGCUGCGUUAGAAGUCCUCUACACCGCCUACGCCAGCCCGGAUGACGGCGGACAGGUAGCGUGGGGAUCAGGCUACCCUUCCGACAGCAGAUGCACAAACUGGAUGAAGGGGAACAUGCACCCGCUGUUUGGCUGGGGUAGUGAGGCGAGAUUCAGCUGGGGCACGGCGAAGGAGAUGCUUGAAGCCCGAGGAGCGCCGUGUCGGGCUGACUGGCCGGAUGUCGAUGACAGGGAUGACAACAUGAAGUUGACUGGAUUCUUUAUGGGUGAAGAGGAGAAGGGUGAUGAGUUGGCGGAUUGGUUUGGGAAAAGGGUGACUGAGGAGGUUUUUUGA